AUGUUGAGAAAUGAAGAGGAAUUGAAAGACGUUUUCAAGAAGGCCAAGGAUAAAGCUGAUUUCGUGGACAUAGAUAUCGCAUCUGUGACUACUCGGUCAAGAAGGAAGAGGAAAAUCCUUGAGCGAUUCAAGUACAGUGCCACAUCUGCAACAGAAGAUGAGCAGUUCCAUAGUGUGGAGAAUGACUACAGGGUCAAAGUCUUCCAACCCCCCCCCCCCCCCCCCCCCCCCCCCCCCACCCCCCCCCCCCCCCCCCCCCCCCCCCCCCCCCCCCCCACCAAGUCGAGAAAUGUCUCUACUAUUAUGCUUGCGAGUCUGAUCUUGAUGAUGGCAGUCACUUGCAGAGUCUUCGCUGCUCCCCAACUCAGGCAGCCAAUAAACAACCCAACAGCUAUACCUAGGUACGAAUUUGGGUACGAAGUGAAUGCCCCCGAGUAUGGUAAUGACUUCGCCCACGCCGAGAGCAGAGACGGGGACACGACGUCUGGACAGUACCGAGUCCUACUGCCGGACGGCAGGACUCAGAUCGUCUCCUACACUGUCGUCGGGGAUUCGGGUUACGUUGCACAGGUGUCCUACCAGUGAUCACUGCCGAGGGAGGACGGAAGGACCUCACGAAGCCGAUUUCCUUUGUUGUGAACUUCUUCUUCGCCUGAUUUUUUGAGGGGACUUGAUAUGCUUCAUUGACUUUAGCCAUAUUUUUUAUCAUUUCCAAUUUCACUUAAAAAAAAAAAAACAGACUGUCAAAGGUACUGGUACUGUAAGAUCUUUAUUCCAAGCAAUGUUUUGCUAACCAAUGAAAAUCUUUUGAAUUGAAAGCUUUUUAGGACAAAUUGUUGCAUGGAAGUCCAUAGAGCUGCAUGCAUGCAUUCAUACAUGCCCAUGCAUGUAUAUAUCUACUCAUAAUUCCCAAAAAAAUCUUUUUGGGUACACAUAUUGAUGGAUUUGAUUCUUUUGAAAAAUUGUUGGGAAAAAUAAUUGUUUUUCUAUUGCUUUUCUUUCUACAAUUAUCCCAUUUUCUCUGUAUCUAGUUCUUUCAUUUGCCAUGAAAACCGAUGAUGAUCUUCUAGUCGCAUAAUUCUUUUGUUCAAUCUGAUAUUUUAUACUCUCAUCUCCUGAUGGAUAUAAAUUAGAUUUUUAAAACACGCAUAUUAAUAAAUAUGUACACACACACACACACACACACACAUAUAUAUAUAUAUAUAUAUAUAUAUAUAUAUAUCUGUGUAACAGAAACGUAUGAAUAUAUAUGCUUAUAUACAUACAUAUGUAUAUAUAUAUAUACAUAUAGAUAAUUUAAAUAUAGUACAUCCUAUAAAGUAAUUGGUUUUCCUUAUUUAAUUUCAUCGGUUCAUAAAGAAAUGUAUUUUAUACCGGUUGGUGUCAAAUCUUUGUUUAAAACUCUUAGGACACUUAAUGCCCAAUUUCACUAUACUACUUCUCGUGACCUGGGUUUUUCUCCAGUUGCUAACGAACUGUAAACUAAUACACAUGCCAAUACAAAUUAAUAAAAAGAA